UGCUGACCAUAAGCUGUACCACACUCCCACUCAAACGGAGGCUCGUCAUCAGCUUUGGGAUAAGAUAACAGAAGUCCACGAUGAGCGGCGGCGGCGACGCAGCCGCCAUCUGCGCCCAGAUCGCGGCCGUCUUCUCCGGGGACCCCGCCGCGCGCCCCGUCCUCGUCGCCGAGCUCGCCGCGGCGGCCGCGCGCGGGGGCCGCGUGUUCGUGCACGGCGUCGGGCGGGAGGGCCUCAUGAUGCGCGCCCUCUGCAUGCGCCUCGCGCACCUCGGCCUCCCCGCGCACUGCGUCGGGGACGUCACUGCGCCGCCGGCCUCCCCGGGGGACCUCCUCCUCGCCUCCGCCGGGCCGGGCGCGUUCUCCACCGUCGACGCCAUCUGCGGCGUGGCCCGCGGCGCCGGGGCGCACGUCGUGCUGCUCACCGCCAAGCCCGAGGGGGACUUCCCGCGGCGCCAGGCCGACGUCGUGGCUCACCUCCCCGCGCAGACCAUGGCUGACGACGAGGAGGCGACGACGGAGAGCUCGCCGGCGAAGGCGAAGCUGCCGAUGGGGAGCCUGUACGAGGGAGCCAUGUUUGUGCUGUUCGAGAUGGUGGUGCUGGAGCUCGCUCGCGUCUUGGGCCAGAGCCCGGCCCAGAUGAGGGCGCGCCACACAAACUUGGAGUAGCCUAGUUUGUGUUUUGGCCCACUUGUAACAACCUGUAUGGCUGUGUUGUGCGGAUUUGCAGUUGCCUGAUAAUGCUUUUUCGUCAAAUUGCAAGUACAUCCAACCUAAUGUGUGAUUCCUCUAAUUAAAAGAACUUCCAACUUA